GAGUAUGGAGGUCAGAUACAAUCAAGAGAACGAGUCAGGGAUGGUGCUGAAGAAUGGACAUAAGGAUGGGAAAGAGGGAAAGGAUUCCCAGGGAAACAUUUCCAAAUCGUUUCUGAAGGAGCAGCAGGAGACUUUCCCAGCUUCUGGAACAGCAGAAAACUGUGAGAAAAGCCGAGGGAACUCGGCAGAUCCGGAUUACUGCAGGCGAAUCCUCGUGAGAGAUGCCAAAGGGUCCAUCAGAGAAAUUAUUUUGCCAAAGGGCUUGGAUUUGGACCGACCAAAGCGCACCAGGACCUCUUUCACUGCCGAGCAGCUGUACAGGCUGGAGAUGGAGUUCCAGAGAUGCCAGUAUGUGGUGGGAAGGGAGCGCACGGAACUGGCCCGCCAGCUCAAUCUGUCAGAAACUCAGGUAAAGGUUUGGUUCCAGAACCGGCGGACAAAACAGAAGAAGGACCAAGGCAAGGAUUCUGAGCUGCGCUCAGUGGUGUCGGAGACGGCGGCCACUUGCAGCGUGCUCAGGCUGCUCGAACAGGGCCGCUUGCUGACUCCCCCUGGCCUGCCGGGUCUCCUGCCCCACUGCGGCAGUGGUGCCACCCUGGGCUCUGCCCUGCGCGGCCCAUCCAUGGCCAUCGCCAAUGGCGGCAGCAGUAGUAGCAGCAGCUCAGGGACGGCAGGGAGCCCUCCGCUGCCCACAGUCACCAGCUCAGGGCCAGCCACGGGCAUGCAGAGCUCCCCGCCUGCCCACGGUCUCUUCAGCUUCUCCAUGCCGUCUCUACUGAGCACUGUGGCCACCCGGAUCUCCUCCAACCCACUGGCGAUGGCUGGCUCCCUGGCAGGGAACCUGCAGGAACUCUCUGCUCGCUACCUGAGCUCAUCCGCCUUCGAACCUUACUCCCGGAACAACAGCAAGGAAUCCAUGGACAAGAAAGUGCUGGAAUGAUUUUUAAAAAGCUGUGUCUAUUUCUGUCACCAUGUUUGUUAACUUUACUUUCUUUUUUAUGUUGGUGUGCUGGUUCUUAUUGGUUGUUGUUCAGAUGCCACACACUGUUUCCUCAGAGAACACAUACCAACAUUAACUUGUUUAUUCUCAACAAAACAGAGAGAUUUUCAAAGCUUUUUGCACUAAAUAAAACUUUUAACUGCAUGUAAUAAAUACAAAUGCUUCAUGGAGCAAUCGACCAAGAGAUUACAAAAGUAUGAAAAAGAUCAUUUAAAUUAUAUUUUCAGUUAGUUGUGGUUUUUCUAAGUAGAUAUUUUUGUUAUAAUUUUAAAGAUUAAAAAGGUGGAUAUUAUCGCAGCAAAGAAGCUUAGAAAAUGAACCUGUUUCAGUUUACUUACUCAACAAAAUCAAGACUUCAGAGAAAUGCACAGUCACAGAAACCUUUGAGCAACUCGGUUUUGUGUAAACUUGUGCUUAUGUAGUUUAUUUUUUUCUAAACUAACAUCAUAAACAUAUGUAGAAAUAAUAUGGAAGCUCCUAAAAGCAGGAAAUGCUCUCAGCCCCCCACAUUCCUCAGAAUCCAAGAGAAAAUGCAGAUCUAGCAACUUCCAUUUUCCUCUUAAUGUUUGAUUUUUCAAAAUAGUAAACUAAAUGAUGGUCUUUCGUUGACCAGUUAUUGACCAAAACAAACAGAAUAAGAAUGUUACAUGAUGAUUAAACUGUUGUAUGUAUGUUGUUUUCAUAAUGGUUUUGUGAGGGUUUUCCCAACUUUAUUUAAACACGGUCUAAAUGUGUAACUUUUAUGUCUUAAACAUGCAGUAUUUGACUUUUUAUCUGUAAUUAAAGUAUUAGAAUUGUUGUCCUGAUUGCCAUGUGUAAAUGACAUUUGCAAGUGAGUUUCAGUCCCUUUCAGGACUCAAAAAGUUACAAGAAGGGAUAAGAAGAGGUGCAUGGACCGUGGUUGUCUUAGAGCUUUUGAACUUUUGCAAGCUGCUCAUGGCCUUGAAUAUAUUAAUGUUAUUUGGUGCAAAAUGAGUUUUUGAGAGCAUAACUGUAACAGAUGCAAGGGUUUGCAAUUUUUAAAAGAUAUGACUCUUCUGAGAUGUGAAGAUUUUAAAAACCAUACCAUCAACUUCAGGUCAGGAAGAUUAAGAACAAGAGUUGCUUAGUAAAAUUAUUGUAGUAUAACGUAAAGGAAAAUGAGAAUUGUACCUAAAAUUGUUAUUUUAUUGUAAAUUAUUCAUGUCUGUAAUUAAUAGAUGAUUAGUAUAUUUGAAAAACAGUGAAAGGAUGGCUGUGAAGGUGUGUCAUACAUCAGAGAAGGCUUUUGGUGCUGUUGUUGUCAAAUAUGUUGAACUUUGUGAUCAUGUGGUAUGAGUGUGGAUAUAUAUUAUAUAUAUGACUAAAAACA